AUGGGCCUGCUCGAGGAUUUCGACGACCGACACAUUUCUUUCGAAGCUGAAAAGCAAGAAUACAAGCCGUACGAGUACCAGACCGAGAACAAUGAUUCUUGGGCUGGCGCUCUCCCGGUGAAGCAGGGUCUCUAUGACCCUAGCUAUGAGAAGGAUGCCUGCGGUGUCGGCUUUGCUUGCCACAUCAAGGGUAAGCCGAGCCACAAAAUCGUCAGCGAUGCUCGCAACCUCCUGUGCAACAUGACCCAUCGGGGAGCCGUGGGUUCUGAUGCCCGUGACGGUGAUGGCGCCGGUGUCAUGACGUCCAUUCCCCACAGGUUCUUCAUCAAGAACUUUGAGAGAGAGGAGAACAUCAAGCUCCCUCCUCUCGGCCAGUACGCCGUGGGAAACCUGUUCUUCAAGCCCGACGAGGAGACCCUCGAGGAGUCCAAGAGGCAGCUGGAAGAUGUUGCCGAGUCGCUGGGCCUGCGAGUCCUGGGUUGGCGUCGGCCUCCCGUCGACUCGACGCUGCUCGGCCCUGCCGCCAAGUCGCGCGAGCCCAUCAUUGCUCAGCCAUUUGUCGUCCUUGCCUCUGCCUAUGGCCCUGGCAAUGAGCCCCAGAUGACCGACCCUGAAAAGUUCGACGACCGCCUCUUCGAGCGCCAGCUGUAUGUGCUGCGGAAACGUGCCACUCACACCAUCGGCCUCAAGAACUGGUUCUACCUCUGCUCCCUCUCCAACAAGAACAUUGUCUACAAGGGCCAGCUUGCCCCUGUCCAAGUCUACUCGUACUACCACGACCUCGUUAACGCCGACUACGAGGCUCACUUUGCUCUUGUCCACUCUCGAUUCUCCACAAACACCUUCCCGUCUUGGGACCGAGCCCAGCCGCUGCGAUGGGCCGCUCACAACGGUGAAAUCAACACCCUGAGAGGCAACAAGAACUGGAUGAGAGCUCGCGAGGGUGUCAUGCAGUCCGACGUCUUCAAGGAGGAGCUCGAGAUGAUGUAUCCCGUCGUCGAGGACGGCGGCUCUGACUCGGCUGCCUUUGACAACGUUCUCGAGCUGCUGACCAUCAACGGCGUCUUGUCGCUCCCUGAGGCCGUCAUGCUCAUGGUUCCCGAGGCUUGGCAAGGCAACGAGGACAUGGACCCCAAGAAGGCCGCUUUCUACGAGUGGGCUGCUUGCCAGAUGGAGCCUUGGGACGGCCCUGCCCUCUUCACCUUCGCCGACGGACGGUACUGCGGUGCGAACCUGGACCGAAACGGUCUGCGACCUUGCCGUUUCUACGUCCUCGACGAUGACCGCAUCAUUUGCGCGUCUGAGGUUGGCACCAUCCCUGUCGAGCCUGAGAGUGUCAUUCAGAAGGGCCGUCUGCAGCCUGGUCGCAUGCUCCUGGUCGAUACCAAGGCAGGACGCAUCAUCGACGACAAGGAGCUCAAGGAGGCCGUCUCCAGCCGCCACGACUUCCGCUCUUGGCUUGACCGCGAGCUCAUCACCAUGCCCAAGGUUCUCGAGACCCUCGAGACCUCUGUUGAUCUGGCUGCCAAGCUGGACGAUACCCUCCUUCAGGAGGACCCGCUGCUGCUCUCCUUCGGCUACACCCACGAGCAGGUCAGCUUGCUCCUCGCCCCCAUGGCUGCUGAUGAGAAGGAAGCCCUCGGCUCCAUGGGCAACGACGGCCCUCUUGCCUGCUUGACGCAGGCUCCCCGCCUCCUCUAUGACUACUUCCGACAGCUCUUCGCGCAGGUCACCAACCCUCCCAUUGACCCUAUCCGAGAGUCCAUCGUCAUGUCCCUGGAGUGCUACGUUGGCCCCCAGGGCAACCUGCUGGAGAUGGACGCCUCCCAGUGUGGCCGUCUGAUGCUGCCUAGCCCCAUCCUGUCUAUUCCCGAGUUCAAGGCCAUCAACAACAUGGCGUCGCUCUACCCCGAUUGGUCUGUCAAGACCAUCGAUUUGACCUUCCCCAAGUCCAAGGGUGUUCAGGGUUAUAUCGACCACCUCGACCAGAUUUGCAAUGAGGCCACCGCUGCUAUCGAGGCUCGUGACCGCAUCAUCGUCCUGUCCGACCGCAACACUUCGGCUGACCGUGUCCCCGUAUCGGCGGCGCUCGCCUCUGGUAUGGUCCACCACCACCUUGUCAGCAACAAGUGGCGAUCCAUGGCUGCCCUGGUGGUCGAGACUGCUGAGGCUCGCGAGGUGCACCACAUGUGCGUCCUGCUCGGCUACGGCGCCGAUGCUGUCAACCCGUAUCUCGCCAUGGAGUGCAUUCUCAAGCUGAACCGGGAGGGUUUGAUCAAGAAGAAGCUCACUGAUGAGGCUCUGAUCCGAAACUACAAGCACUCGUGCGAUGGCGGCAUCCUCAAGGUCAUGAGCAAGAUGGGCAUCUCGACCCUGGCCUCUUACAAGGGAGCUCAGAUCUUUGAGGCUCUUGGUCUUGACGAGUCUGUUGUCGAGCGCUGCUUCAGGGGCACUGCCUCCCGCAUUCAGGGCCUCACCUUUGAAUUGAUUGCCGAGGAUGCUUUCCGCUUUCACGAGCGGGGCUUCUCGUCCCGAUACACCGUGAGCAUCAAGGGCCUGCCCGAGUCCGGCGAAUACCACUGGAGAGAUGGCGGUGAGCCGCACGUCAACGACCCUGCUUCCAUUGCAAACAUCCAGGAUGCUGUCCGGACCAAGAACGACAAGUCGUAUGAGGCGUACUCCAAGUCCGAGUAUGAGCAGAUCAAGAACUGCACGCUGCGCGGCCUCUUGGACUUCAAGUUUGAGGACCGCACUCCUGUGCCCAUCGACCAGGUCGAGCCCUGGACGGAGAUUGUCCGGCGAUUCUGCACUGGCGCCAUGUCUUAUGGCUCCAUCUCCAUGGAGUCGCACUCGACUCUUGCCGUUGCGAUGAACAGACUCGGUGGCAAGUCCAACACGGGUGAGGGUGGCGAGGAUCCUGAGCGAUCUCAACGCCUACCCAACGGCGACACUAUGCGAUCUGCCAUCAAGCAGGUCGCCUCUGGCCGCUUUGGUGUCACCUCCGCCUACCUUGCCGACUCCGACGAGAUCCAGAUCAAGAUGGCCCAGGGUGCCAAGCCCGGUGAGGGUGGCGAGCUGCCUGGCCACAAGGUGUCCAAGUCCAUUGCUCGAACUCGCCACUCCACCCCUGGCGUCGGCCUCAUCUCGCCCCCUCCUCACCACGAUAUCUACUCCAUUGAGGAUCUGAAGCAGCUCAUUUACGACCUCAAGUGCUCCAGCCCCCGGUCUCGCGUCUCUGUGAAGCUCGUCUCCGAGGUUGGUGUCGGUAUCGUCGCCUCUGGUGUCGCCAAGGCCAAGGCCGAUCACAUCCUCAUCUCCGGUCACGACGGCGGCACUGGUGCCUCUCGAUGGACCGGAAUCAAGUAUGCUGGUCUUCCUUGGGAGCUCGGUCUCGCUGAGACUCAUCAGACUCUUGUUCUCAACGACCUCCGCGGACGUGUCGUUGUGCAGACUGACGGUCAGCUGAGGACUGGUCGCGAUGUUGCCAUUGCCUGCCUUCUCGGUGCUGAGGAAUGGGGCUUUGCUACCGCUCCCCUCAUCGCCAUGGGCUGCAUCAUGAUGCGCAAGUGCCACCUGAACUCCUGCCCGGUUGGUAUCGCAACCCAGGAUCCCGAGCUUCGCGCCAAGUUCCAGGGAACUCCUGAGCACGUCAUCAACUUCUUCUACUACGUCGCCAACGAGCUUCGUGCCAUCAUGGCUCAGCUCGGUUUCCGCACCAUCAACGAAAUGGUUGGCCACGUGGAAGUGCUCAAGAUGCGGGACGAUCUGCGGACCAAGAAGACGGCCAACAUCGAUCUGUCGCUGUUGCUUACCCCUGCUCACAAGCUCCGCCCUGGCGUUGCCACCUUCAACGUCCGCAAGCAGGACCACAAGCUCUACGUGCGCCUGGACAACAAGCUCAUCUCGGAGGCCGAGUUGACCCUGGACAAGGGCCUUCCGUCCAGAAUCGAAUGCGACGUCAUCAACACCGACCGUGCCAUGGGUACGUCUCUGUCCUACCAGAUCUCGAAGCGCUACGGCGAGGCUGGUCUGCCUUUGGACACUGUGCAUGUCAACAUCAAGGGCUCCGCUGGCCAGUCCUUCGGUGCCUUCCUCGCUCCCGGUGUCACCUUGGAGCUUGAGGGUGACGCCAACGACUAUGUCGGCAAGGGUCUCUCGGGUGGUCGUCUGAUCAUCUACCCGCCGCGUUCUGCCGUGUUCAAGGCAGAGGAGAACAUCUUGAUCGGUAACGUCUGUCUGUACGGCGCUACGACCGGUACCUGCUUCUUCCGCGGUGUCGCCGCCGAGCGAUUUGCCGUGCGCAACUCUGGUGCCACGGCUGUCGUCGAGGGUGUUGGUGACCAUGGCUGCGAGUAUAUGACUGGUGGUCGCAUUGUCAUUCUUGGAAGCACUGGUCGCAACUUUGCCGCAGGCAUGUCUGGCGGUAUCGCUUACGUCCUCGACAAGAACCGUGACUUCCACGACAAGCUCAACACGGAGAUGGUUGAAGCUGGCCCUCUCGAGGACCCGGCCGAGAUUGCCUACCUCCGUGGCCUGAUCGAGGAUCACCACCACUACACCGGAUCGGAGCUGGCGGCUCGUAUCCUCGUGGACUUCAACCGUGCCCUGCCUCGCUUUGUCAAGGUCCUGCCUGUCGAUUACAAGCGCGUUCUUGAGGAGGAAGCCGCCAAGGCUGCCGCCGCGAAGCGUGCUGAGUACAACCUUCCCGUCGUCUCCGGCGUCCACAAGAAGGAGGAGAAGGACAAGGCCCCAAAGCUUCAGGACAUGGAAGAGGCUGUUGGCGACAACGCUGCUGAGAAGAAACGUGCGCUGGUCCUCGACAAGACCAAGGGCUUCAUGAAGUACGCCCGACGUGCCGAGAAGUAUCGCGCCGUGACUACUCGAACCAAGGACUGGGCCGAACUCAGCUCUCGCCUCAAUGAGGAUGAGCUGAAGUACCAGUCGGCGCGUUGCAUGGACUGCGGUGUUCCGUUCUGCCAGUCGGAGACCGGCUGCCCCAUUUCCAACAUCAUUCCCAAGUGGAACGAGCUGGUGUUCCAGAACCAGUGGAAGGACGCUCUCAACCGUCUCCUCAUGACGAACAACUUCCCCGAGUUCACUGGUCGCGUGUGCCCCGCUCCUUGCGAGGGUGCUUGCGUCCUGGGCAUCAAUGAGGACCCUGUUGGCAUCAAGUCCAUCGAGUGCGCGAUCAUCGACCGUGGCUUCGAGAUGGGCUGGAUGGUUCCCGAGCCGCCCAAGGUCCGUACCGGAAAGAACAUUGCGGUCAUUGGCUCUGGACCUGCCGGUCUGGCCGCUGCCGAUCAGCUGAACCGUGCUGGCCACAGCGUCACCGUCUACGAGCGCGCCGAUCGCCUGGGUGGUCUGCUGAUGUACGGUAUCCCGAACAUGAAGCUGGACAAGCGCAUCGUCAAGCGACGCACCGACUUCAUGGCCGCUGAGGGCAUCAACUUCAAGACCGGAGUCGCCGUUGGCGAAGAUGGCCACCCCAGCCUCAGUGACCUGCGGAGCGGUAACGAUGCCGUCAUCAUCGCGACAGGCGCCACUGUCGCGCGCGACCUGCCCAUCAAGGGCCGCGAGCUGAGCGGCAUUCACUACGCCAUGGAGUUCCUGCACAAGAACACCAAGUCCCUGCUCGACUCGGAGCUGGCUGACAACGCGUACAUCACGGCCAAGGACAAGCACGUGGUUGUCAUCGGCGGUGGUGAUACCGGCAACGACUGCAUUGGUACCUCGGUCCGCCAUGGCGCCAAGUCUGUCACCAACUUCGAGCUCCUGCCCCAGCCGCCCCCAGAGCGUGCCAGCGACAACCCCUGGCCUCAGUGGCCUCGCAUCUACCGCGUCGACUACGGCCAUACCGAGGUGCGCCAGCACACGGGCAAGGACCCUCGCGAGUACUGCAUCAUGUCUGAGGAGUUUGUCGACGAUGGCAGCGGAAAGGUCAAGGGCAUCAACACCAUCCGCGUCGAGUGGACCAAGUCGCCUAGUGGCGGCUGGGACAUGAAGAAGGUGGAUGGCUCGCAGCAGUUCUUCCCUGCUGACCUUGUCCUCCUGGCUAUGGGUUUCCUUGGACCCGAGGCCCGCGUUCUUGGCGACGACAUUGAGAAGGAUGCGCGCAAGAACGUCAAGACGCCUGCUGGCAAGUACUGCACCAACCUGGACGGCGUCUUCGCCGCUGGCGACGCCCGCCGUGGACAGUCCCUGAUUGUCUGGGGUAUCAACGAAGGCCGCAUGGCAGCCCGCGAGGUGGACCUGUACCUGGAGAACAACACCAACCUUCCGGUCACGGGUGGUAUUGUCAAGCGCACUGCGCAGGAGAUUCUCAACCGCGUGGUUGAGGCACAGUAA